AUGACCCCUGGGAGUGCCCUGUUGUGCCAGACGUUCAUUCUUUUGAGGCUGUUUGGGAAAAAAUCUGGGGGUCUUGGGGAAGGAGCUGGGGUACUGAGGAGUAGGCUCCUUGGAGACCCCAGACAGCAGCUAAUUACUACCUGGGACAAAGAUGUGGAUGAGUGCAGUUCUGGGCAGCCUACAUGCCACAAGUCCACCGUCUGCAUCAACACCAUGGGCUCAUACAAGUGCCACUGUCGCCGGGGCUGGGAGCCCAAACCCGGAUUCCAGAAUAAGCAGCCCAAUGCCACCUGUGAAGAGAUGGCCUUCCCCACCUGGACCCCACCCCCUGGAAUCAAGAGCCAGGACCUCAUACAGGAGGUGGAUGAGCUGCUGCAGACCCCUGAGGACCUGGAGGCCCUGCCCCGCUCAGAGCAGCACUGUGUGGCCACUAACCUGCUUGUUGGCCUUGAGGAUGUCCUGAGAAAGCUGAGCCAGGCCCUGCCCAAUGGGACAUUGACCUUCAAUGCAUCUGCAGGCACAGACCUGUCCCUGGAGGUGCAGGAGCAAGGACACAGAAACGUCACUUUGAGUUCAAAUCAGGUGAAGAUGCUUCUGAACUGGGAUGUGGUGCAUGAAUCUGGUGACUCAGGUCCUUCUGUGGUGGGUCUCGUCUCCACUCCAGGGAUGGGCAGGUUGCUGGCUGAGGCCCCCCUGGUGUUGGAGUCUGAGAAGCAGGCAGUUCUGCAUGGGGCACACAAGGACGUGCUGCAAGGAGUCUCCUCUCUCCUGGUCUCAGAUGUCAUCACUGCUUUUAUGAGCAACAGGGACACCUGGACCCUCACCUCCCCCAUCACCUUCAUUUUCUCUCACCAUUCACUGACCCCUGGGCCAACACAAAAGGUGUUCUGUGUGUUCUGGGAUCACACUCCGGAUGGAUAUGGUCAUUGGUCCACCAGAGGCUGCAGGAUGGUGGCCACUGGAGACAUCAGCACCACCUGCCAGUGCACCCACCUCAGCAGCUUUGCCGUCCUCAUGGCCCACUACGAUGUGCUGGAGGAGGAUCCCGUGCUGGCUGUGAUCACCUACCUGGGGCUGGGCCUCUCUCUGCUGUGCCUCCUCCUGGCAGCCCUCACCUUCCUGCUGUGCAAAGCCAUCCAGAACACCAGCACCUCACUCCACCUGCAGCUCUCAAUCUGCCUCUUCCUGGCCCACCUGCUCUUCCUCAUGGCCAUCGACUGGACUGAGAUCAAGGUGCUGUGCGCCAUCACUGCGGGUGCCCUACACUAUCUCUACCUGGUGUCCUUCACCUGGAUGCUGCUGGAGGGUCUGCACCUCUUCCUCACUGCACGCAACCUGACGGUGGUCAACUACUCCAGCAUGAGCAGGGUCAUGAAGAAGCUCAUGUUCCCCGUGGGCUAUGGAGUCCCAGCUAUAAUUGUGGCCAUUUCUGCGGCAUCCAGGCCUCACCUUUAUGGAACACCCACUCGGAUGCUGACAUUUAAGGCCACAGCUCAACUUUUCAUUUUGGGCUGCACCUGGUGCCUGGGCAUCCUGCAGGUGGGUCCAGCUGCCCAUGUCAUGGCUUACCUCUUCACCAUCAUCAACAGCCUGCAGGGCUUCUUCAUCUUCUUGGUGUACUGCCUCCUCAGCCAGCAGGUCCGGGAACAAUAUAAGAAAUGGUUCAAAGGGAUCAGGAAAACAAGAGCUGAGUCUGAGAAAUACACACUGUCCAGCAAGGCCAUGUCUGAUGUCUCCAAAUCCAGCAUGGCUCUCAAGGGACUGGACGAUGCCCAUCCACAUUGGAGAGGGCCUUCUGUGUUACCCAGUCCAACUCAAAUGCUAAUCCCUUCUGGAAACACCCUUACAGAUUCACGCAGAAUUUAUGUUUAA